AUGACUCACAGCGGCGUGUUUCCACUUCUGGAGCGGCGAGGUACCUCGCGGCUCGUGUGUGCCACUCUGUGUCCACACCUCACAGAAUAUGUACCUGCACACCUCAUAGAAUAUGUACCUGCACACCUCAUUGAAUAUGUACCUGCACCCCUUAUAAAAUAUGUACCUGUGCACCUCAUUGAAUAUGUACCUGCUCACCUCAUUGAAUAUGUACCUGCACCCCUUAUAGGAUGUGUAUCAGCACACCUAAUAGAAUAUGUACCAGCACACCUCAUAGAAUAUGUACCUGCACACCUCAUAGAAUAUAUACCAGCACACCUCACAGAAUAUGUACCUGCUCACCUCAUUGAAUAUGUACCUGCACCCCUUAUAGGAUGUGUAUCAGCACACCUAAUAGAAUAUGUACCAGAACACCUCAUAGAAUAUGUACCUGCACAACUCAUAGAAUAUAUACCAGCACACCUCACAGAAUAUGUACCUGCUCACCUCAUUGAAUAUGUACCUGCACCCCUUAUAGGAUGUGUAUCAGCACACCUAAUAGAAUAUGUACCAGCACACCUCAUAGAGUAUGUACCUGCACGCCUCAUAGAAUAUAUACCAGCACACUUCACAGAAUAUGUAUCUGCACACCUCAUAGAAUAUGUACCAGCACACCUCAUAGAAUAUGUACCAGCACACUUCAUAGAAUAUGUACCAGCACACCUCCCAGAAUAUGUAUCUGCACACCUCACAGAAUAUGUACCUGUGCUCCUCAUAGAAUAUGUACCUGUGCACCUCAUAGAAUAUGUACCUGCACACCUCAUAGAAUAUGUACCUGCACCCCUUAUAGAAUAUGUACCAGCACACCUCAUAGAAUAUGUCUAA